GAAACAACUACUGUACCGAACACAAGAAUCUCUCCAUUGAUGGGUCAAACCACAUUCUGUGAACUACAUCUCCUCUCUCGCGAACAGCAAUCGUCUGUUGCUUGCUGGAAAUCAACUGCUGAAGCACCGCGGAUUCGAGCUCGUUGUGCAGCUGCUGGAAGUUAGAGACUAGAGUCAGCUUCAUGGAUGAUACUUCCAGGAGGAUAAAGUUUAUACCAGAUCACUUUCAAGUUUCUCCAUCCAAUUCAGACAGUUCUGAGAAUACAACCUCGUCUUCAUCCAUACAAUGCCCGAGAGUAGACGACUCAUCGAGGUCACACAGUCAUUCUUGGACUCGUCGAAAAAUGAGAAGUGCUACAUUCAUGUUGAACUUGUUUAGUCUUCGGGGAUUGCCGUGGGGUUCGAGCAGUGAUGGUCAAGAAAAGGUUGUGCUGACUGCUGUGGAGGUCGCGUCAUUGCGGUCGGAGAUUGCCGAUCUAGAAGAGCGGGAAGCUCAUCUAAAAGCUCAGUUGGAACAUGUUGAUGAAAUUUUGCGGUCUGCUCGUCUGUCGGGCUAUUUGUACAUUCGAACUAGGUGGGCAGCCCUACCAGGAGAACCUCUGCCUAUUGAUGAUACUGAUGUUGACGAUUGGCUUCCCCGCUUCGUUGUCCUACAUGGAGGUUGUAUAUACUUCUACUUAUCAUCUACAGAUAUUAGCCCGCAGGAUUCUGCCCUUCUAGCAGACAUUGUUGAAGUAGAUUCUCUGCCAAGCAUUACACGCGAAGACGAAGGAGAUGUAAGAUACGCGUUCUACGUUUCAACUCGUCACGGGCUGCGAUAUGAGUGCUCGAGUAUUUCUAAGAUUCAGACUCUUGGUUGUUGGCUUUACAAAGUGAUUGCAAGUUGGGAUGUGGAAAUGGAACUUCUGGUUCCAAUAACCAAAGUUGAUGUAUAGUAAUUAAGAAGAAUCAACACAUUUUUAGUAGAAAGCUGUACAUAAAGACUUUUCAUUUAUCAUUCUAGGAUAACUAGUUCAUUGAAAUAUUCGAACUCCUUUUUUUUUUCUUUCUUUUUUUCAUUUCUUUUUGUACAUUAGCACCGUUUACCGAAUGAAUUUGCAACUUAUCCUAA